UGGGUAUGGGUAGUAUGGAUAGUAUUGGGUAUGGGAUCGGGAAAGCGGAGUUGGGGGAAAGUGUUUCGUUUCGUUUCGUUUUAUUGACUGAGACAGCGGUUCGGGAUCCCUGUUCUGGGGCUCCGAGUUUCCGAGGUUCUGAAGGGCCCGUGGACAGCCCGCAACCCACUGAAGAGACGCGCUUAUCGCGCUGAUAAGGGGCAACGUUUUUAAUUAAGUUUUAGUGCCAGCUGGUAGCACGGUACAGUAGACCGUCUAUGUAGCUUUUUAUCCAUCGCAAGAAGCAGCUCUUUAAUGGGCCGCCAUAAACUUGAGAAAUGGAUUGGAGAAGAUCAAAGUCGUACAACCAAAUUUAUGAAAUACCUAUCAGGAAUGGGAAAAUUUUGAAUGCCGUUUCAACUCACCUUGCCACCUCGUCGCCCAACACGCCUCCAACCAACGCUCCGCAGAGUCCGCCCUCGACGCUGCCCACGCUCGCCUGUCCCGCCGCCCAGCCGCUGAGUGCACCCGGAAUCGCCGGGCCAGGCCACAGUGGCAUGGUAACCUCGACGGUGCCGCCGGGCGCCCGUUCCACCUCGCCGUGCGGUCCGUCCGCCGGCAUGCCCGCUCUCUCGCUGGUGGGCGCCCCGCCCCCCGGGCCGCACUCCUCCGGCCCCGGAGGGGCACCGGCGCCCGGGGCGGGCAACCCGCCCAACCGCUGCUGUGAUACGGGCCGCACCAUCUACACGGAUCCCGUGAGCGGCCAGACGAUCUGCUCCUGCCAGUACGACAUGCUCAACUACCAGCGACUAGCCGCCGCCGGAGGAGUCCCGCUCGGCGUCUAUCCGGAGGGCAUGUCCGCCUACCUCUCCGGCAUCGCAGCGGACCAGCCGCCGUUCUACGCCAAUCCGGCUGGCAUCGAUCUGAAGGAGAACCUGGUGGCCGGAGCAUCGCCCUGGCCAUAUCCAUCGAUGUAUCACCCAUACGACGCGGCCUUCGCCGGCUAUCCGUUCAACAGCUACGGCAUGGAUUUGAACGGUGCCAGGAGGAAGAACGCCACCCGCGAGACCACCUCCACACUGAAGGCCUGGCUGAACGAGCACAAGAAGAACCCGUACCCCACCAAGGGCGAGAAAAUAAUGCUGGCCAUUAUCACCAAGAUGACGCUGACGCAGGUGUCCACGUGGUUCGCCAACGCGAGAAGAAGACUGAAAAAGGAAAACAAGAUGACCUGGGAGCCCAGGAAUCGCGUCGACGACGACGAUGCCAAUAUCGACGAUGACGACGACAAGAACACGGAGGACAAUGAUCUGCUAGAUGCCAAGGACUCCGGCGUGGGUUCCACGGACGACAAGGACCGAUCGGGUCGCCUGGGCGACAUGAUGGCCGACCGUCCGGGCGAGAGCAACAACAGCGAGUGGUCCGAGUCGCGGCCGGGCUCGCCGAACGGAUCGCCAGACCUGUACGACCGGCCCGGCAGCAUGCCGCCGGGCGCGCACCCCCUCUUCCACCCCGCCGCCCUGCACCACCACUUCCGGCCGCCGGCGGGCUCGCCGCCGGACAUCGCCGCCUACCACCACCACCAGCAGCAGCUGCUGCAGCAGCACCAGCAGGCGCAGCAGAACUCGCUGCAGACGGCGGUGGGGGGCACGGCGAAGCCGAGGAUCUGGUCGCUGGCCGACAUGGCCUCCAAGGACAGCAAGGACUCGAGCUCGGGACCCAAGGACAGUCUCGUCGAGCUACCGCCUGCGCAUCCCGGCUUCUACGGCCAUCCCGGCCAGCAGCCCUCGCCGGGCAAGAUCCUAUCCCCGCUGGCCGCGAGGAUCCCCAACUAUUCGCCCUACGUCCGACCGGAUUUGUAUAGAGGCUUCUACGGACCAGCUGCGGCGCACUUGAGCGCCCCCACGCAGGAGUUCCUCGAGCAUCAGCGCACCUUCGGAGCCAGCUUGGCGGCCCACAAUGGCCCACUCGGCAUGAAUCCGCUGCUCUGGAAGGCGGCUGUUUCGGGCGCGGCCAAUGGACCCCACUUUGCGCCGCUCAGCCUGACGACCUCGGGCGGAUCGGGCGGCCAGCAGCAGGUACCGCCGCCGCCCGUGGCCUCGCCCUCCGCCUCCAGUUCGUCGUCGUCCAUGGGCUGUGACGUGGUGCACAUACCCACCAGCAGCGGACAGUCGGCGGCACAGCACAUGAUGGGACCAAUCUCCAGCAACUCCACCGCCUCGUCCUCCAGCUCGCACUCCGGCAAGAUAUCGCCGGGCGUGAAUGUGACCUCGCUGAGUGCAAAGCCAUGACAUCCAUCGGCCUGUUCUCCGGACCCGGACCCGAUUCCGGCGGCCACCGUGGCCUCGCCCAUCUCCGCCUUCCGCUCGCUGAUCGCCUUCCGGGAGCAGCAGAAGCUGACCCUCCUGCGGCCGUAGUCACCUCCAGUUUCGAUGACGCCUUCGAGGCGCGGGCUUGAAAGGUAUAAUUACACUUUCGGACAAUAAUUUACAAUGUGAUUAUUCGGUAUUUUGAUUAACGCCGCUUAUACCAAAUAGCAAGCAAAAACAAAUGCAGCGGUUCCUUUUGGCAUUGGGCCCCCAACAACAAAAUAACACAAGAAAACCAAUUAAAUUCGAGAAACAACAAGGAUAAAAUUAAAAAUUGAAAAGAGUAAAGCGAAAAGCGAAAAGAGAAAAAAAUACCCAACCGCUGCCCCAGACGUUGUGCAAUUUUGUGGAGAAGAUAAUCCAAAAACCAUUUGAAGAUACGUUAAUUUAAUUACAUACAACUUAUGCAAUCAGAGCUUAUAGGAUGUAAAUUGGAAGAUAUAUAGCAGGGCGACAUCAAUGAAUACAUACAUACCCGACGACCACAAACACUAACAUAACCGCGAUGAUGGCAGAUCCGAAACGAAACACCCACUAAAUUAUAGAAGCACAAUUCCUGGCAGCUAGGUCCACUUCUGUAUCCCGUAUCCCAUCUGUAGUUAUUUUUCUUUAGCCUUCGAUUUGAGUUCGUAGCUAGGAGGACCCGAAACAUAUCAACCCAAGUCUGCUGGAAAACCCCCCAAUUAAAUUCCCCCUCCUUCCCCAAACCGAAUGAGAGCCCAAACCCAAGCCAAAUGUACACGAGCAAUCAUUGAUUUAGCUGUUAUUGUUUUUAUCGUCUUAAGUUACCAAUUUGUUCCUGUCGUUUAUAAAUUUAAUUUAUUUUACUUCGUAUGUACCAUAAUUUUCUACGUGUGUAAUUAUUUCCUAAACUAGAGAUCCAUGUAUUGCUGUACUUUAUGCACAAGUUGUAAGUAUGUAAGCUCGCGUAAUUGUAGCGCCCUAAGCGUAGUGUAAAUUAGUAAAACUGUAUAUACUUAUAAUAAAAGAACGAUAAUGAGACACAUUAAACAAAAGCCACAAUUAUU